CCACUGAAUGUUGUGAAUUGCCGUACCGUAGGACUUCCUUCCACCAAGGAUCCAGGCAAACCGAUUCCAGAAUCUCUGCUAUUGCACGGUAGGGCGGAGAAACACAAACCGCGAUCGAGAUGAUGACGAACGCACCGACGAUCUUCUGCAUCGUCCAAUGGAUGCUUUCCCACACGCUGGCCGGAGCAAAAUGGCUGCAAAACACCGGGAACUCCCAUCGGAGGGGCGCCACCGCCUUUGUCGCACCCGGAAGAACCAACUCAUCCCGCCGAAGCACGGGCAGAAAACCGCCGGCCACCGUGUCUUCCUCGGCGAAGGAAGCCGCUGCGGAGGGAGAAACGGCGGAAGCCAUCCGCGGCCCCGUUCUUCUGCCGUCGCCCCCCUCGUCUCCCACYGCCUUCGAUUCGGCCUGCGUCGCGAACCCUGUCGUCCUCCCACCGUCCUCAACCAGUACGGACAAGUGGCAGAUGUACUACUACGGAAACCCCGGAAGCUGGGCCAACCACACAAAGGGAUUCCUUCCCACCGGGUACGUCGGGCUCGCCGAGUCCACCGACGGGAUCCACUGGGAAAAAAUUCCCGGAACCGAGGAGCAUGGCUCGGUCCUGGCCCCCACCGGCCGGGAGGAAGACUUUGACGGAUUGCACCUGGGGGUGGGGGACGUCGUCCGCGUUGGCGACGAUGGCGACAGCGAGCUCCACAUGUACUACCUCGGGGGAUCGUUCGAGGGGAUUCCACUYGGGCCCCCGGGUGCGCCUCCCACGAGGGGCCUCCGGAUGCGCAUCGGGAGGGCCCGGUCGACCGACAACGGGAGGACGUGGGAGAGGACGGGGCAGGUCCUGGACUACGAUCCCUCCGAGGGAGUGUUUGCGAGCUGGCCCCGYAUCGUUCUCCCGGAAGGGGACGGCGACGACGAUGGCACACCGUGGCGGAUGCUCUACCACGCCUUCAAUGGCACCCGGUGGGCGGUCUUCGAGGCGACCAGCAGCGACCAGGGAGAGACCUGGACGCGAGGAGACAGAGGCAUGGCGCUGGGGCCGGACGAUCCCAGCGGGUGGGACGGGGCCGGGGUYGGCACCCGGGCCGURGUCCGAACCGCGGACGGAGAACUGGCCAUGGUGUACGAAGCGGUCGACGGGGCGGGCGGGCCGUUCGGCGGACGCCACMGGUUCGGCCUGGCCCGCUGGGAGGAGGCCGGUGAAGGCAAGGGCGGCGGUGCCUGGGUCAAGGACACCGCCACCACCGGUGUACCGGGGGGACCGAUCCUGGACGGCGGCGUCGACCCCCUGCCAGCGUGGACCUCCCACGUCAUCGGCACUCCCUACCUGGUCGCCACGGAGGAAGGAGGGAUCCGGCUGUACUACUGUUCCAAGAAAGACAACGACAUGUCCAUGAGCAUCGGGCUCGUGGAAUCGGCGAGCGGUGGCUUUGACCCGUCGUCCUGGAAAGCAGUAUCUCCCUAGGAGCCGUAGUUUGCUUUUUGCCACGAACACAGUGUUUUGGUACCGGUGUUUGGGUACCGGGGGAUUGGAAAAGAGCAAUGGUGUGUGCCAUCAACAAGACUUGUUGAAACCAAAUACGAUUCGCGAACCAAAAAAUCUUCUUCUGUGUCAUUUGUAGGUAUCAACUUUUCUUCUACUAAACUUGUCGCAAAUGG